GUGUGUCACUCUGCCACAGUGACGCCGCAGCCGCAGCCGCAGCCGCAGCCGCUUCCAUCGCCGACGAAACCACGGAGCGCGCCCGCGGCGGAUAAAUUUGGGCGCGGGCGGGAAGGAGACGAGAGAGAAACCCCACAAGACCGCCCCAAACCCCAGAACUCCGCCUUCGCCUUCGCCUUCGCCUUCGCCGCCGGUCGCCAUGGAGAGGAAGCAGGCGGACUACAGCAACCUGGACGAGAGGUACACGAUCCAGGGGGAGAGGUACCAGGGCCAGCAGUACAGCCACAUCUACUACACCCGCCUCCACCACAUGCGCACCCUCCUCCACGCCCUCGUCCCCUCCCGGAAGCCGCACCUCCCCGUCACUACGGUGCUUGGACUCGAAAAAGGAAAAGAUUGUGUGCUUGUUGGGACUUUAUACAAGCACAUGAAACUGAAGCCUUCUAUUCUCGAUGAAUACUCAAAGGAGAGGUCGGCAAUACCUCUUGUAAAGCCACACAAUUUCAUGCAUUCUGACGAUAAUCUUAUUCUGGAAGAUGAAAGUGGAAGAGUUGCACUUGCAGGAGCCAUACCUCCAGCAGCUUAUGUGACUGGGGUUGUAGUAGCCCUUCAUGGGAAGGAAACAAGUGCUGGCAACUUUCUUGUUGAAGAUGUUAUGGAGGCUGGCCUUCCUCCUCAAUCUGUGUUGCCUUGCAUAAAUGAGGACAAGUAUGUUGUUUUUGUAUCGGGAUUAAGUGUCGGGAGCAGCACAUUCAAUCCUCUGCAGUUCCAACUUCUUAUUGACCAUAUCACUGGGCAUUUGGGUGAUGAGAAUGAGCAAACCAUAGCAUCAAAGAUAGUUCGUGUCGUGGUCGCUGGAAAUUCAGUACAUAUUGCACCAAGGUUCUUGAAUGGCCAGACAGUAGCUGCAAAAGAUCAACCAAGGAUAGCUGAGCCAAUCAAAGAACUGGAUAUAAUGCUGACUCAGCUGGUGGCGUCAUUACCUGUAGAUAUAAUGCCAGGUUGUAAUGAUCCAGCGAAUUUUUCUUUGCCUCAGCAGCCUUUGCAUAGAUGCCUUUUCUCUGGAGCAUCCACCUAUAAUACGUUCUCAUCAUGUCCGAAUCCACAUCAAUUUGAUCUCGACAAUGUCAAGUGUAUUGGAACAUCUGGCCAGAACAUAGAUGACCUCUACAGGUACUCGGAUGCCAAAGAUAGGUUGGAAUUCAUGGAAAGGACAUUGAAAUGGCGCCAUCUUGCUCCGACUGCACCAAACAGCCUAGGAUGCUAUCCAUACACAGACAAGGACCCUUUCCUUGUAGAAACUUGCCCCCAUGUUUACUUCGCCGGGAAUCAAGAUAAAUACGAAACUCGAUUGUUGAAAGGAACGGAGAAACAGCAGGUUAGGUUAAUCAGCAUUCCAAGAUUUUGUGAGAGUGGAAUCGCAGUCAUGCUCAACUUGAGGAACCUGGAAUGCAGCACCUUGAGCUUCUCAACGAGCUUCGACGCCUGACUUUGCUCCAUGUGUGGAGUGUGUAUGCAGAGCUUAAUGUUGAAGUUUAAGCUUUCAUGAGGACGCACACUCUUUUUGUGACCUGUAGCCUGUAGAGGUUUAUGCGAGGGCCACCUCGGAAGGAUGUUACGUAACCAAACAAUUCUUAGACGCGCGAUGACCUAGGUUUCUCCGAUUUCACCCGGUUGUAGCCCUGUGCUUCGUUGUAGCUGACAAACAAAUGGAAGAAGCUCGUGCUCCUUUCCCCCUGUUUCCGUGAGCUGAUUCAUUCGCCAGACCUUGUGUUUUGUUGCCAUUAGUUUCAGCAAAUGUACCACUCUUUUCCGAAA